ACAGCAGAAAGCAACAGGAAACAAUAACAACAAAGUCGAAAUCACAUUCAACAAUUGUGGGUGCAGCAUCGGUGGCACUGGGCCAGAAUAUUUUUUGCAAAUUUAUACUUCUCUACUUACCAGUCGCCAAAGUAAAACACAUUUUUUAUCCAGCCGGAUAAGUUAAAUAAGCAGUGAAAGAUGUUACAUGAAAUUAGUCAAUAGGAGCUAUUAUGAAUGCAAUAUUCGACAGCUUUUUGCUUAUAAAAGCAGAAGAAUUGAUAACCCCAGAGGUUAAUGCUAACAGAUUGUAGGCCGUGAAAAUUAAAACUUCGCCAGAGAACGUCGAGCGAAAGAGCGAUGAAGAGCUUAAACAAAAAUGGGCAAUAAUAAAUAACAAAAGAGGUAAGCUAAAAUGAUCUAGAGUUGGUUGGAGGCCGAUCUGUGUAACGUCUCCAGCAGCAGCUGCUUGGCUGAGGAAAAAACGACUGUGUACGCUUUUCUACUGAGCAGUGUUGGUGACAAUGAAUUGUGAGCCACAAGUUGCGCUUUGUGGGUCUCAAUUGUUGGGUUAGUACAUUUUGGCCACAUCACGCGAACAGUCGUGCAGCUACGCUUCGUUACGAUAGCUUCAAGCGCUGUGGUAGCGGUAAAACUGGAUUUGAUUUUCUAAAAAAUUGUGCCAUAGCGAAAGAAAGACGAAACUAAACACCGACUAAACGAACCAGCCAAACAGCUAAUGAACUAACAUUAGCAUAAAAUUCCAUUUAGAUUGGUCAAGAAUUUAAGGCGAAAGUUGGAGGUUUGAGUGAUAGCUGCAAUGCAGUAAUUAAAGUGGUAGCAGAUACAGGCGAAUUUUUUAUUAUAACUACAUAUUUGAUGUAGUUUACUAGUGUACGGGAAUGCGUACAACAUCAACAAAGUGCAAUUCUAAUCCCUGCUCCCUUAAGUUACAUUACGGGAAUAUAAAUAAGAAUAUUAGACCCACUAUUAGCGAUCAUUUUACGCCACUCCUCGCAUAUACUUCACUCAGCUAGCCUUAACACAAUAUAACUGAAAAAAUGUUACGUUCCUUCCGUUCUUUUUACGGCAAAAUAAUAAUUUUUGCGCUGGUGGCUCUCUGCUUUAUACUUUACAUUAAAGUGCUGCAGGUGGAGGACACGUUAAGCGCAACACAGCAGCAAAAUGCAAAAUUCAAAGACAACCCCGAGGAAAACGAUGUACUACCCAAAGAUGAUCAGGCUGAGCGCGGAGUACAUAUCAAUCCACGACAUCGAGUACUUGAGCGUCAGGAAGAUAAUGAAAUUCUAAAAAAACCAAAACAAACCUCACGUCAAAGUGAACCACCAUAUGAGCUAAGUAUACGUUUGGAUUUGGAAAAGCAAAAUUCGGCGUUAGGUGCGCUUGGCACGGCAGCGCACUUGAGCGGCGAAGCAGCAAGACGUGGCGAGGAGAUUUACAAAAAGAUAUCGCUGAAUGAAGAACUCAGCGAACGGUUGCCUUAUAAUCGAACUUUGGCUGACUCGCGGCAUCCUGCAUGUUUGAAACAUACUUUUGAUGUGCCAACUUUACCUAGCGCUAGUGUUAUUAUAAUUUUCUUCAAUGAACCAUACUCUGUAUUGGUACGUACGGUGCACAGUACUUUGAAUACCUGCAACGAAAAAGUGCUCAAGGAAAUAAUUUUGGUCGAUGAUGGUAGCACGAAUGAAGAACUGCAUGGCAAGUUGGACUAUUAUAUCAGCUCGAGAAUACCAAAUGGAAAGGUACAAGUGCUGCGAUUGAAGAAUCGCCUUGGUUUGAUACGCGCCCGUUUGGCUGGUGCGCGCAUUGCUACCGGUGAUGUGUUAAUCUUCCUGGACGCGCAUUGUGAAGCGAAUAUUGGCUGGUGUGAGCCACUUUUGGAGCGUAUCAAAGAGUCACGCACCAGUGUGCUGGUGCCGAUUAUUGAUGUAAUCGAUUCAAAAGAUUUUCAAUACAGCACGAACGGCUAUAAGUCGUUUCAGGUUGGCGGUUUUGAAUGGUCCGGUCAUUUUGAUUGGAUUGAGGUGUCAGACCGUGAGAAGAAGCGUCAAUUACGUGACUGCAAUCAACCGCGUCAAAUAUGUCCUGCAUACAGUCCGACUAUGGCCGGAGGUUUAUUCGCCAUUGAUCGGCGUUACUUUUGGGAGAGUGGCAGUUAUGAUGAACAGAUGGAUGGCUGGGGUGGCGAAAAUCUGGAAAUGUCCUUUAGAAUUUGGCAAUGCGGUGGCACCAUUGAAACGAUACCCUGUUCGCGAGUGGGUCACGUUUUUCGAGACUUUCAUCCAUACCAAUUCCCGAAUGAUCGCGAUACACACGGCAUCAACACCGCACGCAUGGCGCUCGUCUGGAUGGAUGAAUAUGUCAAUCUCUUCUUUCUCAAUCGGCCCGAUUUGAAAUUCCACCCCGACAUUGGCGAUGUGACGCAUCGUGUAAUGCUACGUAAGAAAUUACGUUGCAAAAGUUUCGAUUGGUAUUUGAAAAAUAUUUAUCCGGAGAAAUUUAUACCCACCAAAAAUGUAAUAGCGUAUGGUCGCAUACGUGCCGUUAGCAAAGACUUGUGUGUAGACGAUUUGUCGCAGAAUAAUGAGAAGCCCUACAAUUUGGGUAUAUUCUGGUGUGCCAAAACAGUGACAAAAUCUCAAUUUUUUACGCUCACCAAGUCGCAUGUACUACGAAAUGAGUUAGGUUGCGCCACAGUGCCGCAUAGUGAUGGGGAUGCGCGUGUCGUGAAGAUGGUGACAUGCAUGGAUAACGAUGAUUACAAUGAGCAAUGGGACUAUGAAGAUGAACAUUUGAUGCAUGUAAACACCGGCUUGUGCUUGGAUCAUAAGGAAUUGCGUAGUUCAGAUGAGAUACAAGUGACGCGCUGUGAUAGUGAGAGCGAAACACAGCGCUGGACCAUACAGCAUGGUAAAUUGCUGUGAAAGCGGCAGCGAGUGGCAGCAGAGUAGGUGGAGAGAAGUCAAAAGUUUUUAUUAUGUAUUACUUUAAAACUAAAAUCAAAGCCAUUGUGUAAAUAUUGCAAACAAAACAUACAGAUGCAUAUGCACAAAUCGACUUAUAUAUUAUACAUAUGCUUACAUAUAUAUGUACAUAUAUGUAUGUACCAUACGGAGUGUACAGUUUUUCUGACUACUCCUUGUACCAUAGCUAGGGGAUUUACUAAAUAUGUAAAUUAUUUUGAUACGCAAAAAUAUUGUAUGCUAACAUUACGAAUGUAUGUAUGACGCGAAUUAUGUAAUGAAAGCGAGUAUGUGUAAUUACGUGAAACUAAGCAUUCCUCAUUGAGACCCGUUUGCUGUUUGCGCCAGUCUAAAAAAAAAGUAAUUAUUUUACAUUCAUACGUUACAACUAAAUUUAAAUAUGUUUGUAAUUACUGAGCCGUGUAGUUAGUUGAAAUAUAUUUAAAUGUGAUUUGCUUUUUUAAUCUUGGCAUAAGAUUACCGGACGAUUUAGCGUGAAGAGUGUUUAUAUAUUUACAUAUAUCUACAUACUUACAUAUGUUUAUAUCUACAUACAUAUGUACAUAUAUGGUUUUUUUUUUACUGCAAGUCAAAUCACAUAUGUAUGUACAUGUUUAAUUUAAUUUUUUUACUUUCUUCAUUAUGUUAAUCGGCCUUAUCUAGAAUUCCAUGUGUAAAAAUAUUCCCAAAAUUAUGAAGUAAAAGCAAAACAAACCGUCAAAAUUUGGCUUUGUUUUACUUCAAAUUCAUGGGAACAAUUUCUUCCCAUGUAAUUCGCGACUAAGCUGGGUAUUUGCAAAUUAGCACUAUUCUAAUAUGUACAUACGUAGUUACUAAACUCGAA